GAGCGAACUUUGACGAAAACAAAGGGACGAAGCGGUGAAGAUGAAAGGGACGCCUAGGGGGGUGCGCAGGCGCAGUACGUCCCCGCUUCUACUCCAGCGGCAGUCCGCUCCAGUCUGUGUCGUCCUCUUCGACGGUGAGGUCUGUCUGAUCUUGAGCUGUGUAUCGACUGUCGUGUCUGCAAGGUUUAUAUUGAGCAAGCUCUUCGCUCCUAUAACAAAAAAAUAAGAGGACUGUGUCCAAGAAGGAUUUUCUUUGAAUCUCAUCACAUCUAAAGGAGGAGCCACGGAUUUUAAGAGACAGACAGAGUGUUAGAUGCCGAAGGGAGCCGACAUGGACGGAGGACUCACGAAGGCUGGAGGGUUCCACGUCUCCAGAUGCUGCGCCCUCGCCCUCGCUACUGUCCUGGCCCUCCUCCUCUUCGGGAUGGUAGCGGCCACUUACUACUUCGCACCAUGCCCUUGCAGGUCGCCGCCCAAGGCGUACCCCUCGACCAGGACCAGGUCUUCAGUCUAUGUCCGUCUCCCAUCCUCUGUUGUUCCGGACGCUUACGACGUCUCCAUCAUCCCCUUCCUGUGGGAGGGAAAUUUCACCUUCAUAGGCACUGUUCAUAUCAUUGUCAACGUCACCAUACCUACUUAUAACAUUACUCUACAUUCUGCAGAGCUAGAUGUCUCCGACACCAACCUUUCUCGAAUUAUGUCUGAUAUAGUUUCGGACACUUCCGAAAAACCAGUAUCGAUCAAAUAUGCUAAUCUUGAUGCUGAUCGAGAAUUCUAUGUCGUCUAUUCCAAUGAACGCUUGGAAGUCGGACAGUACAAGCUGAGCAUAAAGUUCAAAGGAUUAAUGAGUGAUGCUUUGAAAGGAAUCUACCAAAGUUCUUAUUCUGUCGGAAAUACGACGAGAUGGUUAGCAGCUACACAAUUCCAGCCAACUGAUGCUCGUAGAGCCUUCCCUUGUUUUGACGAGCCUGCAUUAAAAGCUAAGUUCACUUUGAGGAUCGGCAGAACUGAAAAUAUGACUGCCAUUUCCAACAUGCCAAGGAAUGGACUUUCUGUGCCCAUACCUGACCUACCUGGUUUUGUCAUGGAUAGUUUUGCUGAAUCGGUGCCUAUGUCAACCUACCUCAUUGCAUUCGUUGUCUCUGAUUUUGAACAUCUUUCAGAAGGAACAUUCUCAGUUUGGGCGAGAAGUGAUUCCCUCAAUCAGGCAAGAUAUGCUCUCGAAAUUGGCCCUAGGAUUUUGAGACAUUUUGAGGGUUAUUUCCAAAUUUCUUUCCCACUUCCUAAAGUCGAUAUGGUUGCGCUUCCUGACUUCGGAGCGGGUGCUAUGGAAAAUUGGGGCCUUAUUACUUACAGGGAAAGCACAAUGUUGUAUCAACAAGGAGUCUCUGAAAAUCGGCAUAAGGAGCAUGUUGGCACAGUUAUUGCUCACGAAUUAGCACAUCAAUGGUUUGGGAAUCUAGUGACGCCGUCAUGGUGGUCAGACCUUUGGCUAAAUGAAGGAUUUGCUACUUAUAUUGAAUCUCUUGGAGUGGAUGUUGUUGAACCUACAUGGAGAACAUCUGAUCAAUUCGUAGUUCAAGAUAUGCAAAGUGUUCUAAAACUCGAUGCGUAUGCUUCUUCACACCCAGUUUCUGCUCCAGUUGCCCAUCCUGAAGAGAUCGAUGAAAUAUUUGAUUCAAUUUCCUAUGGAAAAGGUGCUGCUUUAAUAAGAAUGAUGGACCACUUUUUGACUACAAGGAUCUUUAAACAAGGCUUGACCAAUUACUUAAAAAGUAGGGCCUAUCAGUGUGCAACACAAGAUGACCUAUGGUCUGCUUUGACCGUUGAAGGUCACAAAGAAGGAGUUUUAGCAAAAGAUGUCACGAUUAAGGAAAUUAUGGAUACUUGGACUUUGCAGACUGGAUUUCCAGUCGUUACUGUAACCAGGAAUUAUCAGGAUGGUUCUGCUGUCAUAAUGCAGCAAAGAUUCGUACACCUAAAUAGUUCGAAGGGAGAGAACCAGUGGUGGAUCCCACUCAGUUACACAAGUCAAGCUGAGCCAGAUUUUGAAUCGACAAAACCUCAUUAUUGGAUGAAACCUAAAGAAACCCUGGUUGAAUAUCUCAAAGCACAACCUAAUCACUGGGUAGUAUUCAACAUUAAACAAACUGGGUUUUAUAGAGUGAAUUAUGAUCAGCAAAAUUGGGAACUGUUGACAAAACAGCUGAUGGAUCCAAAGAAAUAUAUCCAGAUAGGUGAAAUAAAUAGAGCACAAAUAGUUGCUGAUAGUCUUCAUUUAGCCAGAGCUGGAAUUCUAAAUUAUUCAGUUGCCUUAAACAUCACAAAAUAUCUAAAUAAAGAAAUUUCAUACAUUCCGUGGGCAGCUGCUUUCUCUGAUAUUGCCUACAUCGAUGCCAUGAUCAAUAAGAUGCCUAUCUAUGACAAAUUUAAGAAAUAUAUACUAAGCCUAAUAGAAAAAUUAUACGAUGAAACGGGAUUCGUCGACAAUGCUUCAGAUCCACAGCUGACAGUUUAUAAGCGCGUGGAUGUCUUACGCUGGGCUUGUUCUCUUGGCCAUGAGGAUUGUGUUCGUAAUGCUGUUACACAGUUCCAGAACUGGAGAAGUUCUCCUCAACCAGACCGAAAUAACCCGAUAUCUCCUAACCUUAAAGCCACUGUAUACUGCAGCGCAAUAAGAGAAGGAGGACAAGCUGAAUGGGAUUUCGCUUGGGAAAGGUACUUGAAGUCCAACGUCGGUUCUGAAAAGUCACUUCUUCUGACAGCCCUAGCUUGCACAAGAGAAACUUGGAUACUCAGCAGAUAUUUACAUUGGGCUGUAACUGAAGGAUCAGGUAUAAGAAAGCAAGACGCAUCAUCGGUCUUUGUAGCUGUUUCAGACAAUGUAAUCGGUCAACCUUUGGCCUUUGCAUUUUUAAGAGAUAACUGGAUGAGGAUAAGGAAAUACUUUGGAUCUCCCGUCUUUAUAAUCAGUACUAUUAUCAAAGUGACUACAGGAGACAUGAAUACAGAUUUUGAUUUGAGAAUGUUGAAAGAAUUUAUUGCUGACCACAUCGGUGAAAUGGGCUCUGCCACGGCCGUAUUCGACCAGUCUCUGGAAAGAGUUCAAGUCAACGUCAACUGGAUGAAACACAGUUAUAAACAGAUCGAAGAAUGGCUGUCUGAAAAUGUCUAAUGGAAAUAACCCAUAUUUUAAAUAUUUUUUUGAGAACUACAAAUGACAUUCCUGUAUCUACCGAUAUUAUAUAAGUAUAUUAAGAGCUGUUUUACCUCUUCAAAAUUUUUAUACAAAUUUUUAAUACUUGCGAUUCAAUUUAAAUUCCAUAUUCAUACAUUUUUUUUAAAUUAUUUUGAUUAAGAUUUACUUACAUGUCGACUGCAAAAAAAACAAAAUAAAUUUUGCCAAAAUAAUUUUUAAUAGCAUGUAGAUCGACAUUUUUAAAGGCAAUUAUUAACUUUGAGUGUUAUGUCAACAUUAAUCUCAAAUUAAAUUUUAAACUAUGAUUGAUUUUUGUAUAUAUAGUUUUUGUUGUUUUAUGUUUUAAUUAUAAAGUAUAAGUUUAGCUGCUAAAAAAGUCAAUUAGAAGAUGCUAAAUGACAAAUUAUUAAGCUCAUGAUAUAUAACUUAAUUUAUUCGACCAAAGAGAAUUAUCUAGAAUAAAAAUUUUAAAUAUCAUUCUGCUGCCUUUAUAUCAUGAAUAUCAACUAAUUGCUAAAUAGUGUAAAUAAUAAAUUUAUACUUUUUGUACAAAACAAUUUCUUUAAUUGUAAAAAAAUAUAUAUAAAAUUAAGAUCAAUUAAUCUACAAGUGUUGUAUUGUUCUUUGUUUUUUUUUUAAAUAGUUGAUUAGUAAUUAAUAACAGUACUUAAGAUGGUAAUAUAUUUUUGCAAAAUUGUAAAUAUAUUUAUAAAUAGCUACCUUAGUCUGUCAUUUAUACUUAAAACUUGCUUUUUCGACAAGUACAGGGUUUAUAUAUGAUGAUUCAAACCUUUUGAUUCUAAUUUGACCAAUUAGCGCCUGAAUUAUUUUUUUAUUCAUGAUUUUUUUUUUUUAAAUUAUUACAAUAAUGUUAAAAAUUAAAUUUUGACUUUCAGUUUUUUGGUUUUGAUAACUUUGUCUGUUAUCAUGUCAUAAUACUAGCCACAUAUAUUGUCAUGAAUAAGUCUUUAAUUUUUUUCCUUGAUCACUUUUGUAACUUAUUGAGGUGAAUAUUCCAUUAUUAUUUAAUACUAAAUGGUUUGACCAACUUAAGUGUAAAAUCCAAAGGCUUAAUUGAUUUUUUUUUUUAAUGUAAAAAAUAUUCUGUAUAGCCGGGUAAAUACUGACCACCAUUUUAUUGAUGAAUGUUCCAUUUUUAAUAAUAAAAUUAAUUAAAACAAAUACUUAUGUACAAUUUAAUUCUUGAAAAUAUUUCUGGUCAAUGAAACUUACCGACUUAAUAAAAUAAAUAAAAAAUACUUGAAUGCCUAGUGUUACCAUAUAGUAAUCAGUAUGUUAACAACUGUACGAAGCACAUAAUUUAAUCAAAUACUAUCAAAUAACAUCACAAUUCAGAAAAAAAAUUUAAUAAUACAUUUUUGAGUAAAUAACAAUACUACAAUUAGUUAUAUUCCUACUUGUCCAUAAAUAUGAGGUUUAUUGUGAUGCAAAUAAAAUUAAAUAAAAACGGAUGUCACAUUAUUGUACUAGAUAAAUUAAGAUUAAAUUGUUUCAUGGAAUAAUUUAAUAUCAAAAGCUAUAACAUAUUCUAAAUUAAUUUCAAAACAUGACUUCAGUUAUGUUACCAAGCGGUAAAACAUGGCGCUAAUAGGUUAACAUUUAUCAACUUUUAAUGUUUUUUAUGCAUUUUUAUUGACUUUCAGAAAUUAAUAUCAAACAUAAAAUUUUAAUUUAACAUACUAUGUAUUGUACAAAUAUAUAAAAAUCUCAUUCAGUAUUAUAUAAUUAUGUAUCCUUAUUCAUUUAGUUAUUUAAAAUAGAAUUUUUUAUUUUUUAUUUGUAUUUUUAUUUUAUUGAUGACCUUUUGUAAUUAUUUACUGAUGUUGGUAAAUGCUUUCCAACUAUUCAUUAGCCCAUAACUUAUUUAAUAUAUAUAUAUUUCAAUAUUGUUGGUUAGGACUUCAAUUUACUUGUAAUAAUAAAAAUAUACAUUAGAUCCAAUUAGUCCUACUUUAUUUUUACUUUACAUUCAACGUUUCAGCCCUUAUGCCAUUUUUAAAGGAAAAGAAAUCUUAAUUUAAUAUAAAUAAGAAAU